AGUCUGGGAGUCCCUGCUUAGACUGCUGCCCCCGCGACCCGGCCCCGGAUAAGCGGAAGAAGAUGGAUGGAUGGAUGGAUGCAUUUAAGUUUAUUUCUAUCUUUUGGUGAUGAUCUAAAAAUAGGAGUGAUUUGUAGUAAAUGCAGUAAAUUAGCAGGUUCUUCUCAUGAACUGUUAAAGACUUGUCCACUUGCCCAUAUAUCUUCAUGAUUUAGAAAAUCAUUUACAAAAACACAUUUAUCUUUGGUUAAGACUUAUUUUCUACUGGUGUCAGGUUUCUGUCACAAUAUUACAGUAUUGUUUAGACUAUGUUCAACAGUUCUGUUUAAACGUUUCUUUUAUUUAUCAUUUCCAUUUUCACGCCUUUUUCUUAAUUUGGAGGACGUAACUGGCCCUCUACCCAUAGUGAAAAAUAAACUGAACUUUUUUGUUUCUUCUUGUAAUUUAUUACUGGCAUAACUCCCCAUCUGUAAAUGUGACAGUAAAUCACUCCAGCUAUAGCUUUACAGUGGUGUGUUUUGAGUUGGAGAAAGUGAGAGGGGGUGGCAAAAGGACAAAGGAAACAUUUACAUGUUUUAAAAAAAAAAAAAUUAAGAGUAACAAUGGCAAAAAUAUUGUGGGUCAUCUUUUGAGAAAUAUUUGAUGGAAACACAAGUGUAUAUAUAUCGAAAUACUAAGAGAGAAGAGUUUAGAAACAAUGACAAGCAAACAAAAGCACCCUAGCGUAGUGACAUUAACUUCCUGUUGGGGGCAGCAGUAUGUGGUGGUGCGCGGUACGUCCGCCCAGUGUGUCACACAACAACCGAAGAAGAUAAACGGACCAAUAGUAGAGCUGACAUUUGUGUUUUGAAUGAAACGCGGUUGAUGGCAGCUCAGCUGAACGCUAGGUUUAUAUACCAUAUUCUCAUCACUUUUGCAACUGUGGUUAAAGUUGGCCGAUAAGAUCUGGAAGUUCUACAAGUAGAUUCCCAGCACUCCAGAGUAAUGUCCACCAGGAAGUCAAGUUCCAGUGGGGAAGGCUUGCCUUCAAGCAGAUGUUGGGAGCGUACCCCUCUGAGAAGUAUGCAGAAUGAAAUGCUGCAUCUGUCAACUCCAUCGAGGUUCAAAUCAAAAUCACUGCUCAAUGCUGAUGUUGUGAAAAUGACAAAGGGUGAUGUUCCUCUCUGUGACCCAGAGACCCACUUGCAAUCUCCUCCGUCCACCAAAGUGAUACAAACCAAUGCUUUCACUAUUGAUAUGACAACUAAAGAGACAGCUUGUAGACUUGGAGAUGUAACAUUUAAAUCCUUCAUCUGUCCUGGUGGGGAAGUUGAGAUUACAGGCUCUUCAGUGUGUGCGGAAGAGAUUAUUAUUUUGCCCAAGGAUCAGGCUAUGAAAAACACUUGGCAAACAGAAGAUACAGUCAUCUCUGACAGUAUAAUAGUGCGAUCAUGCAGUGACAACAUGGAACACCCCUAUUACAAUCUUGAGAUGAAAGAUGCUUCCUUGGUUGACAUUGACGCAACAUGUCUCUGUGAAAUUUCAAACACUACACUGGCCUCUGGAGAUGUCACUUGGAAAUCCUUUGUCUGUGAUGGAGGUGAGGUGGAAGUUUCUGAUGUCACCAGACUACAAGAUGAGACCAUUCCUCUGCCCAAGGCACAGCUUGGUGAACCUUUACAAGACAACAGUGUAAAUUCAACAACCCUCUCUGACUGUCAGCAGGAACAUGCAGAUCACCCCUACUGUAGCAGUGAAAAUGGUGUUUGCAUCACCGCCACCUUCUCUGAAACCACAAGAGGUUCUGAAGAGUCUCCAAAUGGACUGAGUGAUGUAACUUUCAAAUCAUUUAACUGCACUGGAGGUGAGAUUGAAAUUCCAGAUGAAACCAAACUUGCGGAUGAGACUGUUCCUGUACUAGCUGACCAAACUGUGAUGUGCAGUGAGUCAUACAAUUAUGGUAUGGAUCCUAGCUUGUUAGCUAGUGAUCAAGAUGUGCAAAACGGUGAUGAUCAUUUAGAUCACCCAUACUGUAAUAUUGAAAAUGGUCCAUCACCCCCAAGUGGCAACCUCUCCAUUACCCAGGAACCAUUGCCAUUUAGCCUUGAUGCUGUGGAUGAGGUAAAACAGAUUAGCUUGGUGGUACCUCAUACCGAGACUGAAAGACAAGAGGGUAUUACAUUCGGCUCUUUCAUCAGUGCCAGAAGUGAGGCUGAAAAAUCAGAUGGCACCUGGUUGUCUCAGAAGACUUCCCCUCUGCCUGAUGACCAGGCUGUGAUCUGCCAGCCCCUGGAUGACAACAGUGUACCUACUUCCAUAACACAAGAUCGCAUUCAAGAUAACUACAAACAGCCUAACAGCCACGUGGAAAGCAGUGAAGUUGUGGUAGAUACUGACCCACCAGCUAUUGGUACAUCUUCACUGACUAACACAUCUUUAAAGGCAUUGGAGAAUAAAUCUAUUAACUGUCACAUGCAAGAAACAUCAAAAAAGGACUUGAUACAUCCUGAGGAUAGUGCUUUGCCUUCAAUGCUUCAUAGAACUGAGUCUUCUGACUGCAGACAUCUUGCGGCCUCAGCAGAGACUCCUACACCUGUGGAAGUGCAUCUGGAACAUGUCUCUCGCAGUGGACCCCAUGGAUCCAGUGAGGCAAAAGACAGCGCUUUAGUUUCAUCUCGAAAUGGACCUGUUGUUUGUAACUCUGCAGAAAAACCUCAUGCAGAAAACCUCCCUGAUGUUUUGAAAGUGCUGUCAGAGUGUCCCUCGGAAGCAUCAGCUUUGCAGUUUGGAAUCCUCAGUCCUGUUGUUAGGAGAGCCUCUCUCUUUUUAUUAAAGGCUCGUAAGGAUCUUGAUGUGGACCAAUUUUUGGCUAAUGAUUCUGCUCUCGAGGGUGAAAAGAGCUUGGUGGCUCCUGUUAACGCUGACCCUGCUGGGUUUUGGACAGAGCACUUGGAGAGCCCCAUGCCACGCCCUUUGUUUAACUCUACAGCACUAGGUUGCAAGCCCCAGUCAGGCCUGGUCAUUGAGCCAGCUGAGGAUGUGGUUGUGAAGUCUUGUGCAGUGCCUCAGUCUGAAGUGGAGAAGCCACUUCUGGAUAUCCCUUUGAUUUCAGAUGGUCCCCUUCAGCAGCAGCUUCGGCAGAUGGCAGAGUUCCUCUUCUUGGCAUCAGGAAAGAUGGGUCCUGCUGCUAUCUCUGCUCCCGUUCUGCCUCCUGCUGCCGUCACAGUCCCAUCGGUAAGAGCUACUCCUGCAGAAUCCCACAGUGUUUGUGUGGGCACCACUCCUAUGAAAUGGGCAGACCACAGCGUCAAUACAUCUGGCCAAUUUGAGAGAAAGAGGGAUUUUUCUGUUGUUGAUUCCUGUACUCUGACAGACCCUCUCCUGUGGAAUGUACCCCCAGGCAGCUUGGAGUGUCUCCCCAGACAAGAGCUGGAGCAGAGGUUAACGUCUAGCAUGAUCAUGGUGGAGGCUCUGGUACAGCAGUUGACUGCAGCCAGGACACAUGGAUGUCCUUCUGCAGGCCCUGCACCUUCAGACCUCAGGGAGAAACUAGUGCAAACAGAUCACACUGAACUCAGUCAGACCACAAUGCACAGAGACCUAUAUUUGGAGGCUCUAAGCAGGAUUGGUGAAUUGGAGCUGGAUGGAAGUUCUCUACAGAACCUCAUCCAGUGUAUGCAGGACAUGAUGGUCACCAUGACUUCUUUGAGUUGUGACACGGACGCUGCUCUCUCUAACAUGAAGCAAAUAGGAGACGUUGUAAGAGAGGACCAUCAAAGCCUCGUUUCACAUUACGGUCAGAUGAAAUCUCUGUUUGAGAGAACAAAGGAGACACAGACAGUAAUGAUGCAGAAGGUCAAAGAUGCUUUUCACCAAAGAGAUGACAUGAAGAUACAGAUGGAGGAGGCCUUCACAGCCAAGGAGGCGUCAUUCAGUGCGAUGGAACAGUUAAGGACACACUGCGCCACAGAAAUCUUAGAGCUGGAGAGGCUUUUGGGGUCACAGCAAGAACUGUUAGCUGCUCUAAAUCAGACUUACCCAGAACAGAUUGCAUUAAACCAGGCCUACAGUGAAGUGCUGAAUUCUACUUCUGAUGUUUUGUCCACAACCAUGGAGGAACAAUCCAGUUUGAUGAAAGAACACUGCACAGUCAGAGGCCUUCUGCAGAAAACUGCUCCCAUUCUCCUGAAGCUGAAUGACAGGGCAGCUGCUGCUUUGAGAGAGAGGGAUGAGCAUAUUUCUGCAAGAGACCAAGCUGUCGAAGAGAGAGACCAGAUCGAAGAAGAAUUGAACCAGACUAAUAUGAAUCUCCAAACUGCCAGAGAACAGAUUGGUGAUUUAAAUCUGCAGGUGACAAUUCUUACCUCAGAGAUGGGUGUGCUGCGUCAGAUGCUAACAGAAAGAGAGGAAGAGAGGGGACAGUUGGAGAGGAAGGUGACGGAGCUGUCUGCCACUGUUUCCUCCACUUUGGCAUCCUACACCUUCCUGGAGCAGGCCCUUGCUGCUGAGAGUACAAAGUUGCAGCAGUCAUGGAAGGACAUCCAGCUAGCCAAGGACAGAGCAAAUGAGUUGGAGACAUCACUGGGUCAGUCGGAACAGCGUGUAUGUGAGUUCAGUCAGGCUCUGGCUCAAAGUGAGGAGCAGCUCAGUCAGCUGCAGGCACUCUCACAAUCCCAGAACAUGCAGAUUCAGCAGCUCCAGGAUGUUUGCACACAACUCAGUGGUGUCCGGGAGAUGAACGAGUUCUUACAGAUGGAAAAUGAGUUGGCGAGGGAGCAGAUGGCUGAAAGUGAGCGUAUGCUGAGGGCCAACCUGCAGGGGCUCCGGGAGAGGAACAUCCAGUGUGAGGACCUAAAAGGAGAACUUGGUCAACUUCAGUUUGAGAACAGGAGUUUGCAGGAAGAGCUGGAAACCACAAGGUCCAGAGCCAGUGCAACCCAGCUGGAGCUUGGAGAGAAACUGGGACAGGCAGUCACUGAAAUUACUUUGCUGCAUCACACACUGCGAGGACUGACCAAUGAACUACACGCAGCUCUCAAUGACCAGAAACCAGACCCACUGAAGCAUAAAGAGUCUCAACUAGUCCACAACGUGGAGCGUAGUCAGUUCGCCAGCUCCUUUGUCGACAGCAUCAUGGUUGCAUUAACUGCUGAGAAGGAGGAAGAUGUCAAAACAGAGGCACAUCCUGGACUAGUCCCCUCAGACCUGCCUGAGCCACAGUGUGAAACUUUGUUCAGUGAGAUGAGUGCCUUCACCCGCAUUGCAUCCGUCACUCCUAAAAAGAAUUUGAGCGCAGUAGAGUUUGAACCCGAGGAGGACCAGCAGAGCAGCGUGGCGGAGCUGUUCGCUGACCUGGGCAGCACUGUCACAGAGCUCAUCAGCACCCUGAAGUUGGUGCGACAGCGUAAAGACGCUCAGCUGGAGGAGCUUCACAACACCAUCUGUGCCCUGCAGGGGGAGCAUCAGGCUGCAAACAGCAGGCAUGAGGCUGAGGUGCAUGAGCUUAAGCGUCAAGUUGGCCGCCUGAACAGCCUGGCUGAGAGGGGAAAUCAUGCACUGCAGCAGAAAGCUCAGGAUGAGAAAACUGUGACAAAGUUGAUGUCAGAACUACAAGAGACCCAGGAAAUUCUAAAUAAACACAAGACUGACAGUAACGAAUUGCGGAAGGAGGUGGUUGAGCUUCGUCGUUCUCUCCAACAGUCAAAGGUGGAGUCUCAGUUCCUGCAUGGGGAGUUGAGAAAAGCUGGUGGCCAAUCAGCUAACCCGGCACAUUUCAUGGAAGAGAAGAUCCAGUUAUUGAAAGAGGUGGAGAGGCUGAAGUUGAGUCUUCAGGAGGUGGAGCAGGCCAGAGUUAAACUCCUUGAUAGAGCAAAAAGACAUCAAAUCAUCCACCAGACCAACCAGCAGAAAAGUGAGAAUGAGCUUCAGAUGUUAAACAACAUGAUCAAUAAAGUCAGAGAGACGCUGCUGUCUUUGCCAGACGUUGUGAAGAAUUGUGAUCAACUCCAACAGCUUGUUGAAUACAUUGGCUAACAUAUUUGUUAUUGUCACCUGUGUUCAUUGUAUUUAUGUCUGUUAUGUUUUAGCUUGUCCUGGCUGUAAGUGUUCAUAUUUUUUAGUAUGAUUGAAAUAAAAUUUCUUAAUCUUA